AUGCCAAGGAUGCCAAAAUAUGCUGGAAUUCAGCGUGUCCCGGCAAGUGAACUUCAUGCGAUAAUCAAGCCUUGGCCAUUUAGAGGAUGGGCUUUGGAUGUGAUAGGAGAAAUCAAACCCACUUCAUCGAAAGGAUACAGAUAUAUCUUAGUAAGAAUAUAUUAUUUUACAAAAUGGAUAGAAACAAUUCCCUUAAAAGAUGUUACUCAAGAGGAAGUAAUAAGUUUCAUCCAAAAGUUCAUCAUCUAUAGGUUCGGUAUUCCAGAAACCAUAACCACAGACCAAGGAUCUGUAUUCACUGGUCGAAAGAUGGCGAAAUUUGCCGAAGAUACAGGCUUUAAAUUGCUAACUUCGACACCAUACUAUGCGCAAGCGAAUGGCGAGGCUUUGUGGGCAUGUCGAACAUCUCUCAAAGAAUCGACAAACACUACACCUUUUAGGUUGACAUUCGGUCAUGAUGCUGUGUUACCAGCAGAGAUUUUGCUGCAAUCAGUCAGAAUCCAAAGGCAAUACGAAAUACCAGUUAAUCAUUAUUGGGACAUGGUCAUAGACGAGCUGACCGAUCUCGAUGAAGAAAGAUUAACAGCGUUAGAAGUCCUUGCAAGACAAAAGGAAAGGGUAGCAAAAGCAUAUAAUAAAAAGGUAAAAUCGAAGUUUUUCGCCCAAGGAGAUUUGGUAUGGAAAGUCAUUUUACCAAUGGAUAAGAAAGAUAGAACUUUGGGAAAAUGGUCACCCGGAUGGGAAGGACCAUGGCAGAUAUUAAGAGUCUUUUCGAACAAUGCAUAUGAGAUCGAAGAAUUAAAUGAAGAUCGAAGGAUUUUACGAAUAAACGGAAAGUACUUGAAAAAGUAUAAACCGACGUUACAAGAAAUUAAGAUCAUACAAGAGUAA